AUGUCAGACGGUUAUGAAGCCGAUAACGCUCCUAAUAAUGAGGCCUUUAGCAGCCAACGAAUUGGUGCUGGAGCGGCCUUUGCUCGUGAUAUCAGUUGGACGCCCGCCGAACGAUGGACCAACAUGGUUUUGUCGCCGAUGCAAGAUGAACCUCGAGUUCCGACGUGGCGGCAUCAUCCCAUUUUGGCUAUUCUUGAGUCAGAUCCAGCUUGUCAAGUUGCGUUCAGAGUAAGUUUCCUUCUCUGUGUUGCGUUUUGUUGUGUAUUUCGCGAUCUUAAUUAA